AUGAUGAAGGGCUUUAGACAACGAGUGCACGAGCAGCUCUCGCGAGCCAAAGACCGAGAGGGCAACAAGCUCGCCAAGAAGAAGGACUCCUCCUCCGGCACCCAAUCGCCCCAUGGUGGCUCCUCCAACCAGUCGCCCGCCGGCUCCGCGCACGCAACUCCAACCUCAUCGACGAGCAACCUGGUCGACCAGCGCAAUAAGCCCCUCCCCACAGAUGGCCCGAGCCAGUCUCACCCCGGUGCUCCAGUGCCUGGUCCGCAGCAGAUGAACAUGAACCCAGGCUCUCAAGGCUUCCCACAACACGGUACCGUCGGUGGACAGCAGCCAGGCGGCGGACAGAAUCAGCAAGGCCCCUCGACGCCAGGCAGGCACGGCCUCGCUCCUAGUGUAGUCAUCUCCCCCAGCGCUCCGCACAUUCCUCCUCCAGGUGCCGCCGAAACAAUGCCGCACGAUCUGGCGCCGCCCAAGGCUGGCCAGAAGAGCCUACUAUUUGACCGACUUCAAGCGACGCCCAAAGACACAGUGCCAGAAGGGAUUAGAACCCCCAAACGCCAGCAUUCCUCGCGAUUCGACAUCUCAGAUCAGAGGCAGCGCGAAUUGGAAAAGCUACCCGGAUUCCACGAGGUGCCGCCAAACAGGCGUCAAGAGCUGUUCAUGCAAAAGUUGGACCAAUGUAACAUCAUCUUCGAUUUCAACGACGCUUCUGGGGACAUGAAGAGCAAGGAAAUCAAGCGGUUGGCGCUUCAUGAACUGCUGGACUAUGUCGCGCAGAAUCGACAGGUCAUCUCCGAACCAAUGUACCCGCGUGUCGUCGAGAUGUUCGCCAAGAACCUGUUCAGGCCAAUCCCCCCGCCGAUGAACCCACAAGGAGAAGCGUUCGACCCGGAAGAGGAUGAACCUGUGCUUGAAGUCGCUUGGCCACACAUUCAAGUCGUUUACGAGUUCUUCCUGCGCUUCAUCGAAAGCCAAGACUUCAACACCAACUAUGCGAAGCAGUACAUCGACCAUGGUUUCGUGUUGCAGCUGCUUGAACUGUUCGACUCCGAAGAUCCCAGAGAAAGAGACUUCCUGAAGACCACUCUCCACAGGAUAUACGGCAAAUUCCUCAACCUGCGAUCCUUCAUCAGACGUAGCAUCAACAACGUCUUUUUCCAAUUCAUCUACGAAACAGAGCGAUUCAACGGCAUCGCCGAGCUUCUGGAGAUUCUGGGCUCCAUCAUCAACGGUUUCGCGCUACCAUUGAAGGAAGAGCACAAGCUGUUCCUCACGCGCGUCUUGAUCCCUCUGCACAAAGUCAAGAGUCUGAGCAUGUACCAUCCGCAGCUGGCAUACUGCAUUGUACAAUUCCUAGAGAAGGAUGCUGCUCUCACCGAAGAGGUUGUACUAGGGUUGCUACGGUACUGGCCAAAGGUCAACAGUACAAAGGAGGUCAUGUUUUUGAAUGAGGUGGAGGACAUCUUUGAGGUCAUGGAUCCGGCAGAAUUCGCAAAGGUACAGGAACCUUUGUUCAAUCAGCUUGCGAAGAGUGUUGCGAGCCCACACUUCCAGGUCGCCGAAAGAGCGCUCUACUUCUGGAACAACGAGUACUUCUGCAAUCUUGUCAGCGACAACGUUGAUGUGAUUCUUCCCAUCAUGUUCGCACCGUUGUACGAGAAUUCGAAAGGGCAUUGGAACAGGACCAUCCAUGGAAUGGUUUACAACGCCAUGAAGCUCUUCAUGGAAGUGAAUCCGCAGCUCUUCGAUGAAUGCUCGCACGAAUACACCGAGCAACAGAACAAUGCCGAAGCCGUCAAGGCCAACCGACAGGCGAAAUGGGAUCGCCUCACUCAACUUGCGGAGCAAAUGAAGCAGAACGGCCACGCCCCGGCAGUGCGGCCACCACAAUCAUAUGGCAACCAGUCGAAAAGCCCCAUGCGAACCGACGAUGGCGACCCAAUCUCGAUGAACCGACUACGCCUGGAAGAUGACAGGAGAGCAGAGCGACAUUCCAACUCGGUACGUGGAUGA